CCCCCGCGGCCCCCUCGCCUCGCAGACAGUCAGUGGGUCGGGCUCGCGCGUGACGCCUCACUCCCCUUCCUCCACCCGCGGCAGCAAGGUGAGGGGAGCACGGCCGCUCGACGCUCCUUACUGACGGUGCGAUGCUUUACGCCGAGGAUCGAUCCCCCGUGUACGCCGUGUGUUGCUGAGAGAAAGACCCAGUGAAGCUUAGACGAAGGAAAGAAAAAGACCUCAUGGGGAGGGAACAUUUGUGCUCGACCAUAAUGGUGAUGCAAUGACCGCCGCUCAAGUUUUUAGCGUCGUCAUCGAAGUACUGCUCCGUACGUGUCCCGUUCGUGACCAUGAAAAACACCGCGCACCCAGCUGGGAUUUAGUGGGGCGGCCCAUGUUAUUCCCGCGGAUUAUGAUCAUUUAGAAGGAAUACUGAACUUGAAUCUCAGAAAACUUGAGUAAAAGAAGCGCGCGGACUUCAAGUGUGCCGAGGCCUCCCCCUCACUCUCCCGCGUCGUGGCUGGGAGGAGGGCGUGGGAGGUGCAUGUGUGUGAGAGGUGACAGUGGUGGUGGCGGCGUUACUUGUGGCGGUGACGGUGGUAGAAGUGGCGGCGGCGACAGCAGCGGUGAUAGCGGUGUUGGUGUUUGUGGAGGUGGUGAGGGUGGUAGCAGGCGCCUCACUCCUGUCACACCCCUGUCCUCGAACUCACACGGGGGUUGAGUGACACAUUCAAACCCUCCCCGUGGCACAUCAUGGUACCCUCCCUGCCGCCCCUACGGCCCCUGCUGCACGCACUGCCCCCUGCCGUUGUUGCUGCUGCCUACAGAUUGGUCACCUUAGACGCCGGUGUGUGAGACAGAGGAACACGCCCUCUCGCAGUCUCCGCCCAUGACUGACUCCAUCUUGCUCCAGGCCUGUGUCGAUUCCUUCCAGCACGUCAACCUCUCGGCUCAUGAGCGCUGGUGCAACGCCACUUGGGACAUGGUGCUGUGCUGGCCCCCCACGCCCGCCGGGGCGAGUGCCCAGCUGCCCUGCCCACCGGUCAAGGGGGUCGACCCCUCCAAGUCUGUGCACAAGUGGUGUGACUUAUCCGGGCGAUGGAUGGGCAAGACGCAAGGGGACUUCAAGAACCCUCAAGGCUGGACAAACUACACGGUCUGCUUCACUAAGGCCAUCCAGGAGAUCAUCAGAGAGCUCUACAAGGAAUCGGCGGAGGAUGCGCAGACGAAGCUCAACAUCGCCCUGGGGACGCGCAUCAUGGAAAUCAUCGGCCUCAGCCUCUCCCUGGCGUCCCUCUGCAUCUCACUCGCCAUUUUCUUCUACUUCAGGAGCCUCAAGAACAACCGGACGCGCAUCCACCGUAACCUGUUCGUGGCGAUGGUGAUCCAGGUGAUGAUCCGCCUCGUGCUCUACAUCGACCAGGCCAUCAUCCGCGGCCACAUCGUCGGCUACUCCACCAACACCAACACCAACACCUCCCGCCAGGGCAUCGACAACACGCCCGUGCUCUGCGAGGCCUCCUACGUGUUGCUGGAGUACGCCCGCACCGCCAUGUUCAUGUGGAUGUUCAUCGAGGGGCUCUACCUGCACAACAAAAUUACAGUGACGGUGUUCCAGCACAAGUUCUACUACAGCGUGUACCAUGCGGUGGGCUGGGGCGUGCCGGUGCUCAUGACCGCCGCCUGGGCCACCGCCACGGCCAUGCUCUACGGAUCAAGGUGCUGGUGGGGCUACAACUUCACCUCCUACUUCUGGAUCCUGGAGGGGCCGCGCUUCUCCGUCAUAUCCCUGAACAUGGUGUUUCUGCUCAACAUCAUCCGCGUGCUGGUGACGAAGCUGCGGCAGAGUAACUCCAGCGAGGCACUUCAAGUCAGGAAGGCAGUGAAGGCCGCCAUCGUACUGCUGCCGCUCCUGGGCAUCACCAAUGUGCUCAACAUGAUCGUGGCGCCGCUGGGCAGGUCGGCGGCGGAGUUCGGUUUGUGGUCCUACGCCACACACUUCCUCACCUCCUUCCAAGGGUUCUUCAUCGCCCUCCUCUACUGCUUCCUCAACGGCGAGGUACGCACGGCGGUGAGGAAGUACGUGGACAACUACUUGCUCCACCGCAGUGCCGGGGUGCGCCGAGGCUCGGGUCUGUCGUCUGUGUUCCUCACCACGGUAACGGACCUGCCCAGAGACCACCACGGCCGGGCCAGACACCUGUGUUCCUGUUUCCGCGGCAGCCAGAGCCCGACACAUGGGCCGUACUUAUGACAGUUGGGGCGGCUCCCAGGCUGCCCGAGGCGGGGAGGAAGGGGGCCCUCAUCACACCACGCGCGAAAGAAGCGAUCCCACGACCAGUCUACGUUUAGCACGGGACGGAGGGAGGGCGCUGGCACCGCUCACACCACCCCGGCCACCCUCCAUGCCACCCGCAACGACCACUCCUUCGCAGAGUCUACCACCACCCCUUCCAACACAUACCAACUAGCACCCGAGGCUGACCUCGACACCACUGACGGCAUGGUGUCCUCAGACAGGUCGCAGGCGGCACUCAACUGCUCCCGUCAGCAAAGCCAUUUCAGCCUACCGGAGGCACAGUUGGAAUGCACUAAAUCCCGCCACGAGGAGCCGGAAGCCGAGAACGGCCCGGAUUACAGUUUCAACGACACCUCUGCCACGCCGCUCAGACUCAUGGAGGACGGGCGGGAGGGACAGGAGGGCAUCCUGCUCAAGACUCUCAGGCCUUACAGGACAUACUCCCUCCGAGUCGCCAAAAAGCCCUCGCUCCACCAGCAGGAGCAGGACAGCAGACUAAGUAAUGGCCCAUCAAGGAGCCACUUCGGCGUCUUCGGUGGGCAGCCGCUUACAGGGGACGACAUGACUUGUAGGAAUAACGCCUCGGCUGGGUCAGCGCCGAAGGGCUGCUCCACAAUGGUGCACUGCAAGUCCUGUCAGGCCAUCACCGCGCGGGAUGUCACGCCAGACGGGGAGCGAGACGACGAGAUGCAGGAGAAAGAGGACGAAGGCCGGGAGGACGAUGAUGAGGCGUCGUCAGAGUCGGGCUGUUCCGACCCCCACUCCGAGAUGGAGGUAAUCAUGACCACGUCCUGCUAGCGUCGUCUCGCUCCAUCCAUCACCCCAGCCCUUGUUCUGCCGGCGCCUCCCGCUCGGUGCCGCCCACCAUAUACGCAGCAGGUGGGAGAGGAGACCCACCUGCCGCUGUUACGUCACCGAGCUAAGGAAACGCUGCCCGCCGCCCACUGCCGCGCCCUCUCCAUCAGGAGACCCGAGCCUCCCCACGCAGACAGGAGUCGCCCUCACAGCUCGCGCCCCGACUGUUCCGUACUUACACUCAGACCACUCGAGCCUUGAUAAUAUUAGGUUAAGUCUUGGUAGUUAAGCUUUACAUACACAUGUUUUAUUUAGCGUCUUUGCAUACCCGCGAGGGGAACAGCAGCUUGCACUCCGGCUGACGAAGUACCACAAACCUUUUAGUGGAUUUACACUUUGUUCAUCAUCUUUUAUUUUGGCUUUACAAGGCUGCCACUACAAUGCUUACACAAAAACAAAAAUUACUGAUGCUUAAGCUCAUAAUCCAUGUCGCGGCCUUCCGGAACUCUGGUGUAACCAAGAAAAUCCAAGUUCAGGUCGACCACCCACACAAGCGGUGGUAGAACAAGACCCAUGUGAACCCUUCCUGGAGGGCCACACUCCAUCACUCCCCUGAGCGGUGCCGGUGUGAGGGAAGAUGGCGAGGACCCAGGGCCCUGCACCAUCCCGCCGGAAGGGACUACAGGAGUCCUUUGGAGACUGGAGGGCUCUUAGUACGCUGGCGAGAGGCUCCGUUACAUACGGGGCACGACACCCUCUCCCUUCAGGCGAGACGGGGUGUUCAAUAAUACUAUCGUGUCAGUACACCCGCGACCUUGGACCCAUCAAGGGAGAACGGCCACGAGGCACGAGCAGGGCCAGCACAGCCUCCACGGCGUUUUCCGCUACUCGUGAGAAAUUUAUCACAGAAAGAAGCAGCUCCUCCCUGUUGCCACGGCAGGGACGUCAAGCCUCUGGAACACCAUGGCAAAGCUGGCAAGAGGCUACUCGACCCGCAACCUGAUAAUGUGAUAACACUUACCUCAACCCCGUUACUCCAGUCCCCGUAGCCUCUGUCCCUCUCCGUUAGUGUACACCCGCUUGUAGCUACCCUAGACCGGUAGUAGUCUGACUAUAACGUUAUGACUGUAGCAGGUAAGCUGUGUUUUCGAUAAGUACAAACUGUGAUAGGAGCAUUGGAGAGCAUGGCACUAAGAGCAUUUAAUUGUUAAUCUUAGAUGUAUAAGAAAGAUCCAGAUAUAUUCCUGAAUGGCAUUCUAUACCUUUACAUUUAAGGUAACGUUAACCCGUAAAUUUAAACAAAAAACAGUGACUUGAACCAGCAUUUGUAGAAGCUAAGGAGAAAGCAAAGCGCAGACUUCUGAGCCUUGGCCGCCACGAGCCACAGCCUGGACCGAGGAACGCGGCCGCAAGGAGACUACCUAUCACUACUACCACCACCACCACCAGGAGGCGGCCGAGGCCCCAGCGCUGGCGGGAGGACUGCAUGGUGCCCCUCAAGGGAAGUCGCCCACCGGCCAUGUUGAACGAUGUAUAUUUUUUAUAUGAAGCAUUUUAUUAAGGGUGUGUCAGGUUCAACUUUUUUUAUGUAGUGUGCCCUCGAGUGACCCAACCAUGUGGUUAGGAUUGAAAUGAACAUAUUACUAUGAUUAUUAUCAUUAUUAUUAUUAAUAUUAUUAUUAUAAUUAUUAUUAUUACUAUCAUUACAAGCAUUAUCAUGUUACCAUAAAUGUAAUCAUGUGUGUGAACAUAAACUUAUGAAGAGACGAUAUGAUAGAGGUAAGUUAGAACUAUCUCCGUUUUUCUUACAAUCAUUUUUGUGGCGGGAAAAAGAGUAAGAGCAUUUUUUGUACAUCAUUCAACUAUUUUCCAUACUCAUACGUCAGCCAUCCACAGCCUCGCUCCCUUCCCCUGCCCGUCCCGCCCCCCGUAAUACCAUCCGCAUCCCACGAUGACCAGUUAUAAAUUUCUUGUUGAGCGCCAACUGGGAGACAGGUGCUGAAUGAUGAAUUUAUGAGCCCCUCACCUGCCCCCUGCUCCUCGUUCCCCCCUACCUACCCACCCCAUCACCCUCACCCUACCCCCACCUUCAUCCCCACCAGGGACAAUCCUCCAUACCGCCUUUUUCAAAUAACGUAUUCACAGAGUUCUUUAUCCUAUCCUGAAGACUUUUUUUUUUAUAUUGCGAUAACCACAGUGGGCUUCAUGUAGCCAUGAUGCAUUUUUACCUCUUUGCCCAAGUAACUCGUCACCAAAAUGACAAAGCGCUCUACCUAACCAGUCAUUCUUUUUUUAUAUUCAAAGAUAGCAAAAAAACUUGGUCCUAAAAUCAAUAACAUACGGCAGCUCAACGUUACUCUCUACCUGAACAAUCUUUUCCCUUGUCAAUCUGUCUGUUUCCACUAAAAAAAUAAAGUAUUUCCACUAGCAGUCAUUUUGUAACACAGCCAUUGGGACGCUGAAAUUCCUGUAACCCUGUAAAGCCACAACAAUAUAAUAAUAACUGCCUGGAAAUGCAAAAAACGCAAGGCUGAGUGAGUGUUCUAAAUGCAGUAAGAAUGGGAACGAAAAGAGAGGAAAGACUUUUAAACACGCGUGAAGUGGCCAAUGCGUGAAAUGUGUGAAAUGUUGAAGUGUUAGUUGAGAGCAGAACGAAAUUAUCGGCAGCGAAAUGUUGCGAGAAGCUAGUGAGAAGUGAUUAUUCUGCCUGGACACACGCUCAGAGGAUAUCCUAGCUCCAUCAAGGCUAAAGUGAUCAUAAACAACAAACAAAUAAAAGAACAUGUAAUAGAUGAAGAAGAAGAGGAAAUUGAAGAAGAAGAAGAAAAAGAUGAAGAAAAAAUAAAGAAGAGGAAGAAAGAAAAGGAAACGAAAAAGACCAAGAACAAUACAUAAGAAGAAAAAUAAUCAUGUGAAGUAAUUGAAAAUGAAGACAAAUUGUUAAAGAGGGAUGAAAAACUGCACGUGGUUACUGUUUUUAAUGAGUUUUCCUGGGAUCCAUAACUGAGGUCGCGGUUGCCAGACAUGCCCGGAGGCUAAAUCACUCCUCCCCACACUAGGCAUUGCGUAAGGAUUAACUAAAUAAAAAAAGGAGGAAGCGAGGUGAAGAUAAACGAAGUGAAAAGUAAAAAAAAAGGGGGGGAGGGGGAAGUAAGAUCAUUCGACAUACUCAAUUAUUAGGAAGAAAACUGACUAACAUGACCUAAGAAAAUAUGAGACGAAGGAAAAUUACUGGGAAAUCAAGUAGAGAAAUAAAUAUAUAACAAAAAAUUCCAAAAUCACGAAAAAAAGCAAGAAAUGAUCGAAGAAAAUAAGACUAAAAGUGAAAACCGAAGGGAAGUCACACACACACACACACACACACACACACACACACACACACACACACACACACACACCACUACCACCCUCUUACCACAUACAUCCAACGACCCCUCCCUCCAUCCCCCCUACACCACCACCCCUCGCUCCCCCCUGAAACAAAAGGCUGUGGGAUAUUCUGUGCGCCCACCCCACCCCACCCCUCCUACUCAGAGGCCCUAAUAUUACCUCGCUGGAGUUCGGAUAAGCCGUAAUGAAAGCAAAAUCUUCCCAGUCGAUCACCAGGCGCACACACACACACACACACACACACACACACACACACACACACAUAUAUAUACCUAACAUGGAGAAAUUUUUUCAAGGAAUGUGUGGGAAACUUUUUCCCUCAUAUUUCAUAACUCAAUAACUCAUAAGUCAAGGAAGGAAGCGAGUGUGUGUGUACGUGUCUGUGGAGAGAAAGAAAAUGGGAGAAGGGAGCAUGGGAAGGAAGAGGAGGAGGAGGAGGAGAUGGAAGAAGGGUUAAAGGAGGAGGAAGAGGAGGAGGGGAAAAAAAAAGAGGAAAAACAAGGGAAAGAUAAAACUAAAUAAAAAAAAAACUCUAAUAAAAAAACAACAACGAAAGAGAAAAGAAAGAAAGGCUGGAAAGUAGAAGGGAUCAUGAGAAAGAAGCGGAGGAGGAUGAGAUGGAAAAAAGGCAAGAGAAUGAGAAAGAGGAAGAAAAAGAAAAAAUGACAAAAGAAAGACGAAAGGAAGAUAAAACUAAUAAAAUAAAAACUCAAAAAAUACAAAAAGAAAUAGUACACUCAACACAAAAGAGAAGACACUAUAAGAUGUUUCACUGGUAUUACUUCGGGGGAGAGAGAGAGAGAGAGAGAGAGAGAGAGAGAGAGAGAGAGAGAGAGAGAGAGAGAGAGAGAGAACGUUAUCGCGAGCUCGCUGUCAAGAGUGACGUCCACACAUACAUAAAUACAUCCAUAACAUACUUACACCUAAUAUAUAUACAGAGAUAUGACAGGAUAUUACCCCCUUUACGUCACACACACACACACACACACACACACACACACACACACACACACACACGUGAACACAUUACCGACCAUUGCAAAAGAAGAAUAAAAACAGGAUUUCCACCUGCCAGCCUUCCUCCAAUAUUCAAUCAUUCCCACGCAGGCAAAAACUUCCGGAAAAACAGGACCAGCCGAGGCAAGAGAAAAAAAAAAGAGAAAGGAAAGAUGGCAUACGUAACAAAGGAAUCAGAAAGGAAACAGGUGACAAAAAGAAAAACAAAGAAUAGCCAAGAAAAAGAAAAUAAAGAACCAGCCGAUGUAAAAAAAAAAGAACAAGAGAAAAGAUAGCAUGCACAACAAAGGAAUCAGAAGGGAACCAGGACAGCCAACAAAAGCAGAAAAAAACAGACAAUAAAAAUCUACGGAAACCAACGGGAAAGGAAACACAGAA